CCGUUAAAACAAAACAAUUCGCACUACUUGCAAAAAAAAAUUACUAGUUACUUUGGUUUUUGACCUUGAAAACGGUAGAGCUGCUGGUUAAUGGUCGCAACCACUUAAGUAGAUUAUAAAGACCUGUAGAAGGGCAGUCAGUAAACCGUCUGGCCGCACUUUUUUGCACUUAUCACUGCGCAGUCACAAUUGCGAAUUGCACAAAGAACGUCAAUAUUUAUAAAUCGAAUUAACGCUGCACCCAAAAAGUGAAUCCUCCGCCGACGAAUGGAUCAUCGGGUUUUUCUGUCGCUGAUCUUUGUGCUCAGCGGCACCUUCAACGUUCUGGUGGUGAAGUGGGCCAAUCAACAACAGGUAAUCGGCAGCGAUGGCAAACUCCAUGGAUUCCAGCAUCCUGUGGUGUUCACACUGCUCAUGUUCCUGGGCGAGUUCCUGUGCUUUGUGGUCUUCAAGGUGAUCCGCCUGAUCUCCAGUCGUCGUGGAGUCAUAUCCGAUCUGGAUAGCAUCUUGUCGCAGGACAGCAGUGAGUUCCGCCCUGUGAGCAUGCUACUGCCCACCUUGCUGGAUGCAAUAGCCUCCAUUUUGCUGUUCACCGGACUUUACUUGACUUUCAAAUGAUAAGGGGUACUUCUAUAAGCGAAUGGCCUUGCUUAUCUAUACUUACGUUGCCCCAUCUCUCCCGCAGGUGCCGCUCUGAUCUUUGUGGGCAUCUUCAGCACCAUGUUUCUGAACCACACGCUGACCGGACGGCACUGGCUGGCCAUCUUUACGAUUUCCUGCGGCUUGCUGGACAUUAUCAGUCUGGACGUACAGCGCGUUGAGUACGACGUGGUCACGUUGCCGUACACGGACAAAAAACCCAUUCUGACCGGCGAUUUACUCAUCAUCAUUGCUGAGAUUCUGCACGGACUGCAGUAUGUUUACGAGGAGAAACAGCUCAAAACCUCGAAUGUUGCCCCACUGCAAGCUGCCGGCUGGCAGGGAAUCUUCGGCUUGGGCAUCACCUCGCUGCUGGCCAUUUGUAUGAACUUCCUGCCGAGCAUAGAUCCUUUUAACCACAGUUCGCGUGCAGUUUUCGACGAUUGGGGUGAUCUCUUUGCGGCUUUGCAAGGAAAUACCUUAUUGAUAAUGGUUCUGAUUGCCUUCACUAUCUCAUGUGCCAUGUACAACUUCAUUGGACUUUUCAUUGCGAUGUACUCGUCCAGUGCCAACAGACUUCUGGCCGAUGGUCUACGCGUAUACUUCAUCUGGGUGUUUGUGAUUGUCAUGGAGUGGGAGUACAUGAAUCUGGUCACAAUCAUGGGCUUCAUUAUCCUGCAAAUGGGUAUCAUUCUAUAUCGACAAGCCCUGUUCCUCGACUGGUAUCGAGCUGCUGUGGCCCGCUGGUAUCGUGCUCGCUACGUGGAUUUGGGUUCUGAGAAUGCAGCUGCUCCAAACAGCCGGCCAGCGGAUGUGAUCUAGGGCAACUGAGGAAUAGCUGAAGUGAAAGGAUUGUGAUGAGAGAGAUGGGCUGCAAAUCAACCCUGGGCUGAUUCUUGAAAAUUACUUAUCGAUUAUAUGUAUAGAUGCAAUAAGAAAAUACACACAUUAAAUGUUAAUUGAGCUCCUAGAAGGCAUCUCAUGUUAUUAAAUUCAAA